GAUAAAGGAAUGGAAUAUUUAAUGGAAGCACUAGUUGAUAACAUUGCUAACUGCAAGCUGACUUGGCUUGCAUUAGGUAAUAACAAUAUUUCUGAUGACGGUAUUGAAAAACUUGCUGAGUUUCUCACGGCCGGUUGGACGAGUAUUGAUGAUGAUGAGGGUGAAGAAGGUGUGGCUUGUCCAGUAACGUCCCUCGGACUAGGAGGGAAUGAGAUAGGGGACAGAGGAGCUAAGGAACUGGCUCAAGCACUUGAUGUGAACGACAAAUUGUUAUCUCUUGGCCUCUCUUGUAAUAAAAUCGGUGAUGAAGGUGCAAAGGCGCUAGCUGAGAUGCUCCGAAGUAACCAAACACUAGAGAACCUUUCGCUCUCUUCAAAUCGAAUCGGAACCGACGGAGGGGAAACCCUCAUAGCCUCACUCUGUGAUAACACGACGCUAUCAAAACUACUGCUAGCACAGAACCCACUAGACGAUGCUGUCUGCAUGAGAUGUAUUGAAGUAUUCUCAAAGCACAACCUCACGCUUCAGGUCCUGGACCUCAAUGAUACUAACAUAUCACCAGCUGCACUUAAAAAUUUUGUGGCUCAGUUGAAAAAGAGUAAAAGCAAGAUCAACAGAGCAUCAUUAGGUGAGCAUAUACUGACAAUGUCAGAGAAAGAGCACAAGAACUUAUCAACCAUUAGCGGUAAUCCACUUGAAGUAGCAAACUGGAGACCACCACCUGCUUCUGAGGUACCUCAACAAGAUAUAUUCAAAUUAGCUGAUAGAACACGGAAAGUAUUCAACCGCCCAAACAUGGCCGUCCCUUUAAAAGAGGAUCAGGAGGAAGACUACUUGAGAGCUUCGUCAGAUUCAUCACUGGAUCUUGAGUUACCAAUGUUCUCUGGAGGUCUUGUUGAUCAGGGGGAGGGAGAGGGAGAAGUGGCGGGAACCAACACUACAGCACCUGUAGUGAGACUAUUGAGCAGUGAUAAGAGGAGGAGUGCUUGGAGACACAGCAGAAUAGUGGAAGAAAGUUUUGAGAUUGAGCCAUUGGAUGUUGGUAGUGACACUGAAGAUGAUAAAUCUGAGGAGACACUCAUUGAAGAAGAGGAAGAAGGAGAGGGUAAUAACAUUAGUAAAGAAACAACAAUAACUGGAGAAGAAGAUGAAGAGAGAGACAGGAACACAAAGAAGGUUAAUGAACCUGUGCUUAGUAAGUCCACUGAAAGAGGAAGAUUGCAAGCUAUGAGUAAAGACAAAACUUGUCCGGUUAAAUUUAAAGUCCCUAAACCUCCUCCACCUCGUAAACCUUCAAAUACCGAAAGUAAGAAACCGUCAACUAGUAAAGAUACCAAGAAAAUAGUUACGAAAAGAAUUGAAGUGAUACCAUCACAGCAUAAAGAGGAGGAGGAGGAGGAUGAGUGGGAGGAGUCUGAGCCUCAAAUUGUACCGGAUAAGUUAAACUCUUUCUCAACUCAGUUAUCAAAUCUGUCGGUCUCAGACGAAGACUCAAAAACCAACGACACUAGUACCAGCACGAGUACUAGCCAAGAGACCAGUACUCAUUAUAAAAUAAUAACUAGCACUAAACCAUUGACCACACCCACAACUUCAGGAGACAAAAACGAGCCUCAUUAUAAAAUAGUAACCAGUAAUAAACCAUUAGCCACUCCCACGGACAAAAGCAAAGAGGGAGAGUUUCAUUAUAAAACAGUAACUAGUAAUAAACCAUUGACCACACCCACCAGUUCAAAGGAUAAAGACGAAGAAGGAGAGCCUCGUUAUAAAAUAGUUACAAGAUCAUAUAAAGAACCUUUGACGACGUUUGGCUACAAGAAGAAAGAACCGGUUUACGACAAAAUACCAGAAAAGGAAAGGUCUUUGGUUGAAAAUACUUCCGACAAAUCAAAAUUCCCUUGUCAAGCUUCAAGCAAAGAGAAGCCAGAGAAAGAACCUUUAUAUGACACAAUCCCACGCCAACCCAUCCUGACUUCUGCUACUAAGGACAGACCACGCCCUCCAACCACUAGACGCCACCCAUCUGUAAGUCCCUCCCAGUCAAUGAGUUUAAUAUCGGAGGAGGAGGAGAGUGGGCACUCGUAUGUUAACAUUGGGGCAGACGGGAACGUGUUCCUGGAGGGAAGUGACUCCGAGGGAGAGGAAGAUGACAAGAAAGUUUUAUCACUUUCUGGAACUUCUGAUGGUUUUCGAUCAAGACCUAUAAAAGAACAGUGGGUGAUCAGUUUAAAGCAGAGAUCUGGUGUACUAAAGAUGGGUGGGUUCAUACACAAAGGAUACAAUGAGCUGAAGGAGUUCAUGAAGACGAUAGAAUACAAUAACUUCAUGGCUGAACUAACUUGCAAUGAAACGAAGAACAGACCAGCUGGACCUUUGGCUCCAAGCCACACGAGGGUCAAACUGCAAAGAGUAAUGGAGAACCUUGGGUCUGAUUACAUCAACGCAAAUUUUGUUGGUUCACCAUUAUACCCAAAGUCAUACAUCAUAGCUCAAUGGCCAAUGGAAAACACAAUACCAACAUUUUGGAGGAUGAUAUGGGAGACCAAUGCCUCAGUGAUUGUAGUAUUAGGAGGCACUGAUGAUAAGAACAACUUCUGGCCAGAGAAGGAAGACUAUCAGCUGCACCCAGCAGUGAUACUGGGGGAGUGGUACACUGACUCUCUUUAUGUGAGGACGGAUAAGGUACAUCCUAACACCUCCGGAGUAGAGGGACUGUUUGAGGUAUCU